AUUCGCGUCUAGAGAAAACAGCAGAAGACUCAAGCUCGAGCUCGCUUGUCAGCGCGACGGAUUUCAAAUAAGUUUAAUAUUUCGCCACAUUUCGGAUCGUUCGCGAGUUACAGUGUUUAAUAAUCGCGCUGUUUUACACGCGAGGCAUGGAAAGUUAAAGUAAUCGGACGAUGUCUUUAUCGUCUAUGGACGUGAACGCUGCCAGUCUUCAGUAGCGGUUUGUAUUUAUUGACACGGACGCACCGACGUCGGAGUUGUUUUCUAUAACUUGCGUCCUUUAAGUGCACUUGGACGCUCUUGAUGCUUUUGCCGGAGGAUUUGAAUUAGCAGCCCCUUAAGCUGCCCUACAGCCGACCAGGUUACCGAUCAUCCUUUCUGUUGCUCAGUUUAUGAUUCCGUCUCGUGCGUAACACACAACAGUGCAGCGCAACAUCGUUACCCGCCAAAGUGCAAACGUCGACACUGGAUUAUACGUUUCGUUCCAAAUGCAAGCGUCUCGCGCACAGUCGCGUGUGUAUUUUCUGCUUCGGGUGCUCGUCGUCUGGGUCUGAUCUGAUGUGCACAUUGUGAUGAGUGAAGUGUGGGCUUCGCGGUCUGAUGCGCAUGUGAGGACAUGUCAUUUCCAGCUGUCACAUCAUGCCUCCUCCUGAUGGCCGAAGCGGCGGCAGCAGAAGCAGGCGGUCGGAUGCCCUCAUGCCCAGCGCCCUGUACCCGUCUCUGGUCGUGGGCGUCGCGGCGGCGGUGCUCGCCCUGCAGCUCGGCUCUGGAGGACUCACGCUCACCUCGUUUUUCCUCAAACUCUUUCUUUAUGUGACCUUUGCGCUCUUCUGCUUCCUGCUGGGCAUCUUCGGGCUGCUGGUGAAGAAAAGUCCGCCGAAAAUCAGCAGGUUCGACACGACCAAACGACAGUCAGGCCAGCUGCUGGAGUUAUUCGACAAGUUAUUGGGUCGGUUCUGUGUGCCUCUGCUGGAUUCGGCUCAGACCCGGAGAGUUGUGGUGUCUCUCAAUGUGGAUAAAGCUCUUAAAGAAGUGUUUGACUACAGCUACAGGGACUACAUUCUGUCGUGGUACGUCCCCUUGAGUCGAGAUGAGGGCCAGCUGUAUCAGAUGUUGUCCGAGGACGUCUGGGAAAUGACCAAACAGCUGCGAAUGCGUCUGUCUGAGGUGGACGUUGUGAAUUUAGUCUGUAACGACACGGUCAAGUCCCUCCACACACACUUCUGUGACCUCAAAACCGCUAACACCAGACUAGAGGAGGUGCCGAGAGCAUUUCCGCUUCAUCCCUGUCUGCGCAGUCCUGACGAUGAGCUGCGUUUUCUGCGCAGCUGCGCUCGUCUGCUCAUGCUGCGCCUGCUGCCCGUGCGGGACGCCCGUUCUCGCAGUCUGCGACUUCUGCUGGUCGAAGUUGUUGCCACUAAAGUGUUGAAGCCGUUGGUGGACGCGUUGAGUGAUCCCGACUACAUUAACCGAAUGCUGCUGGCUCAGUUAGAACACAGGGAGCAGUUGAACGAGCAUCAUAAGAAAGCGUACACGUAUGCUCCGUCCUACGAGGAGUUCAUCAAACUCAUCAGCAGCAGCUCUGACGUGCAGUUUCUCAAACAGCUCAGGUAUCAGAUAGUUGUGGAGAUCAUUCAGGCCACGACCAUCAGCAGUAUUCCUCAGUUAAAGAGACAGAAAGACAGUAAAGGUAAAGAGGCGGCCGCGCUGAAAGCAGACCUGUUACGUGCCAGAAACAUGAAGCGUUAUAUAAACCAGCUGACGGUGGCUAAGAAACAGUGCGAGAAACGCAUUCGACUCCUCGGGGGUCCAAACUACGAGCAGCAGGAGGACGGAGGUCAGGAUGAUGGGGACGGGCCACAGAGCCAACGGAUACUUCAGUUUGAAGAGAUCAUGUCAACCUCAGUGUAUCGUGAACACUUCCGUGUUUAUAUGGAGCGCGUGGAUAAGAGAGCUCUCAUAAGCUUCUGGGAGCUGGUGGAGAUGCUGAAGAACGCCAACAAGAAUGAAGUGGCACAGCUGGUGGGAGAGAUCUAUCAGAACUUCUUUGUGGAGAGCAGAGAGAUCCCGGUGGAGAAAGCUCUUUAUAAAGAGAUCCAGCAGACGCUGGUGGGAAACAAGGGGACAGACGUGUUCCUCAGGAUCCAGGGAGAUGUUUACGAGACCAUGAAAGAGAGAUAUUACCCAUCAUUCCUGGUGAGCGACCUGUACGAGAAACUCAUCAAACGAGAGGAGCAGAGGAGCAGCUCACAGUCCAGCAGUGAAGAGAGAGACGAGACCGGUCCGGUGACGGAGGGGGGCGACGUGCUUCUGGACGAAGGCAGUAAAGGUAUCAAUAAACAGGCCAGUUACGCCGCCAGUAAACUCCAGCAGCUGUACGAGAGACUGGAGUACAAACGUCAGGCCCUCGGCUCCAUUCAGAACGCCCCACGGCCCGAUAAGAAGAUCGUGGCGUUGCUGAAGGAUGAAAUCGGAGCGAUGGAGAAGGAACACGGCGAUCUGCAGCUUCACAUCUCACGCACAGACUGCUGGUGUGAGAACUUGGGCUCGUGGAGAGCCGUAAUCCACGGCACAGAGGCUUCUGAAGAGAACGGAGAGCAGAUGGCGUGUUACUCCGUGUCCGUGAGUCUUUCAGAAAGAGAUGAUUCUCAGAGUACCUGCUGGAGCGUCGUCCGGAAGCUCAGCGAGUUUCAGGCUCUGCACAGGAAGUUGACGGAGUGUUUUCCGUCACUGAAGAAAGUGCAGCUUCCCUCGCUCAGCAAACUGCCCUUUAAAUCCAUCGACCAAAAGUUCCUGGACAAAUCCAAAACUCAGCUCAACACGUUUUUACAGAAAGUGUUGACGGAUGAGCGCAUGUGCCAGAGCGAAGCUCUCUAUGCCUUUCUGAGCCCGUCUCCAGAACAUCUGAAGGUCAUCGACAUCCAGAAGAAAUCCUCCUUCUCUCUCGCCUCAUUCCUGGAGAGACUGCCGGGAGAUUUCUUCUCACAUCAAGAGGAUGAAGCGGACGAUGACAGUGAUCUGUCGGAUUACGGCGAGGAGACGGAUGGAAAGAAAGAUGCUCUGGCUGAACCCUGUUUCAUGCUGAUCGGAGAAAUCUUUGAACUCCGGGGCAUGUUCAAAUGGGUGAGGAAGACGCUGAUAGCACUUGUUCAAGUCACAUUUGGAAGGACCAUCAAUAAGCAGAUCAGAGACACGGUCAACUGGAUUUUCAAUGAGCAGAUGUUGGUUUACUACAUUAAUAUUUUCCGUGACACGUUUUGGCCCGACGGGAAACUGGCUCCUCAUAACAAAAGCCGCUCUGAGAGCGAACGCAGGGAAACCAAGGAGAGGGCACAACAGAAACUUCUGGAUAAUAUUCCAGAUGUUCUUCAGAAUCUGGUGGGUCAGCAGAAUGCCAGAUACGGCAUCAUCAAGAUCUUCAACGCUCUUCAGGAGGCCCGAGCCAACAAACAUCUGCUCUACGUGUUGUUGGAGAUGCUUCUGAAAGAACUCUAUCCUGAGCUGAAGGUGGAGGCCGGGCAGACCUGAACAUCGGAUGACAUCACCACCUCUCGUUCACAUGUCUCUUCUCUCUCACGGAUGACUCUGUCUUUUGAUUUCUCAAACACUUGAUUGUGUAGUGCUGGAUCUCACAUGAAUGUGUUUGUGUUGAUGUGUUUUUCUCUGGUGAGGUGGGAGGAACAUGACGCGUCACUGCCAUCUGCCGUCUUCUUCUCUCUCUUUAUGAUCUCUUUCUUCAGAGAGGAGCGUGUGCUUUAUAAUGUGAACGACAGAGCUCGGUGAACUCUUCACGUAUUAUUGUGAUCACUAUGAAGGCUUUUAAUCGUGCAAUAUGUCAUGUACAGUUAUCGUGAAGGUUUCGUUUGUGAUGUUAUUAUUAUUAUAGAUUUUUAUUUUUACCAACAAUAGACUAGAGCAUUUAUAAGCAAUAAAUGACAAAAGACGA